GUUUUGUUGGUCCUCAAACCUCAAGACAAUGCGGAUGUACUAGGAUGUUUAGGAGAUCCUAUGCUUAACAAAGGCUGACACUUAUAAGAGAAAGGAAUGGGUCUAGACUCAUCAAAGUAACGCAUUCUUUUCAGAAUAUUUCCACCCCUUUGAAUACAAAUGGUGGUGACAAAGCAAAGAUAUAGUGGAUGGUCAGUCAUAUUCCACCUGUUUCUAGGAUAUAUUGGCAAUACACCAGUAGCACCCGUUGCAGAGGAAACGAAGAGGGGGAACUGACUUCUCUGACAGAAUCUGCGGCUCACUUUGGCGAUUUCAGUCGGGUAUUUGCGCUUUAUAUGGCGGAAAGCACCAUUGAGGGGCUCUCCACCCCCUUGUGGGGAUCAUCUCGAAGGUCUUUCUGUAUUGCAGGCGUGGCAGGUCUUUCAGCUCCCUCGAUGGUGCGAACAUCGCCAUCGUAUUAACGACUCUUGUGCUGGAGUGCUUUGUGUAGAGCCCUGAGAAGGCGGGUAUAUUCAACAUUUUUUAUACCCGUGUGUUGUCGUCAAUCUGCACCUCUUGAGGGACUUCGUUUUGAUGUCCAUGCACCAUGACCUUCAUAUGAUAACUGAGUCGGUUGUUAAAGCAAAAUAUCUGAGUCCUUGAGGAAAUACAAAGGUUCUUUACUAGUUUACCUGUGUGAUUUUUGUCAUUCAUCAACAGUGUUGGCUUCAAAUGAACUCAUGGUUAUUGCUUUUUCCACUGAUACUGUUUUUAUGAUUGGGAAGGGUCCCUGUAGAGCCUAUCUAGGGUAAUCAUAUCCAUCUUUACUAUUGUUGAAUGAAGACUCCAUGAGUGAAAUCAGGGGUAGAGUUUUGGGUGGCUUUAGUUGAGCCGACGAACCUCGCGAGUGCCAAGUUGCAUCGCAUACUAGUAAUGGUUUUAGGCGAUUUCCAAAAAAUUAUCUCCAUUUUAGGCUCUAGUACAGCCCUUUUUUCCCCGUUAUAUG